UGAAGCUUAUGAUUUUGAUAGGCUUCUUUACCAGUAGUCUUGGAUUAUACAGACACAGGCACGUUCGUGCCGUUAAUGAUGGGGACACUCGUGCAGCUGAUAGUUAUCUCGAACAAUUUGGUUAUAUGUCAAGCGCUAAAUCAUUCCAAUUACACAGUACCUCUGAGAGGACAGAGGCUCUUAAGUCCUUUCAGAAGUUUAACAAUCUGCCGAUAACAGGCAAACUCGAUCAAGAGACCGUAAACAAGAUGAAUUCACCGAGGUGUGGUGUUCCGGAUAUGGAACCCGGUGCAGAUGGUUUACCAAAACCAUACAAAACUGGACCCAAAUGGACUAAAAAGAAUUUGAGUUGGAGAGUUGCUGAUUUCAGCGAUCGUUUGUCGAAUUCGGUUGUAAAGUCUGAAAUAGCUAGAGCACUUAAAGCCUGGUCGGACGUGGCAGAUUUGUCCUUCACAGAAGUUAAUUCCGGGGAGGAUAUUAAAAUCAAAUUUGUGACAGGUGAUCAUGGUGAUGGUUACGCCUUCGAUGGCACAGGAGGCGUGCUUGCUCAUGCAUUUUUCCCUCAGAAUGGCGAUGCUCACUUUGACGACGGCGAACUUUGGGUUGUCAAUACAACCGGUACAGAUCUUUUCAUUGUUGCCGCACACGAAUUUGGACAUUCUCUUGGGCUUGACCAUUCAAGCAAUAAUGAUGCAUUGAUGGCACCGAUUUACACUGGUUAUAUACCAAACUACCAACUUCAUUCAGACGACAUAGCAGGCAUACGUUCUCUAUACGGAGAACAACAAAACCCUUCACCAACUGAUUCUCCAAGACCUACUCCAGCAGUGACAGUGACGCCUCCCGUAGACAACAGACCGGAACUGUGCCAAAAUGGUUAUGAAGCUACAAUUAAAAAUACAAAUGGGGAGUAUUUGUUUUUCGUUAAACCAAAACACGUUAUGAUGAUGACUGCUGAGAAUGGGCUAUAUAGGACUGAAAAAACAAAAACCGUUUUCAAAAAGUCUCCAAGGAAGGUAGAUGGUGCUUUUAUUCUACCGGACACGAAUAACACAUACUUCAUAAAAGGCAAAAAAUUGUACGAAUUCGACUCUGAAGGAAUACGUACAAGGGUGCUCAAAAUUAAAGGUGGACGGAAGAGUAUGCCAGAGAAAACACGUGCCGCAUUUGCUGUUAGCGAAAAUCAGGUGUAUAUGUUAGGUGAUAGUAUGGUAUGGCAACUAGAUUUGUCCACCCUAACUAUCAGUUCUGAAUCGAUCAAAUCAAUAUCAGAAGAGUUCCCUGGAUUAUCCUCGGGGAUUGAUGCAGCAAUGCUGUACGACACUGAGACAGUUUAUUUCUUCCAAUCUAACAUGUAUUAUAGUUUUGAUUUACAGUCAAACACUUUAAAUGGUGGACCUUACGAUGCUGCUUCUGAAUUCAUAAAGAACGACUGUGAAGUACUUUAGUAACCUCAACACAGAAUCUAGGCCAACACUAGGUUAUGGGGACAAAAAAAAUAUAUACGUCCUGUGAUUAUCAUACUUUUACCAGAAAACAAAUUCGUCCGGUGUUUAAGGUAUAAAGUAGAGUAUGAAUUUUCAAAAUAGUUAUAAAUAUUUUCAUUAUUAAAAUAUGGUUACAUCUUUUAUAUUUUGAACCAAGUAGUUUGUAUUUUGUUCGUUCGUGAUAUGCAAAACAAAUGAAAAUGCAAUCAUGUUGUUUUAUACAUAUUGUAAAACAUCAAUAAUAAAUGAUAUGUUUGCUUA